GGCCCGCGUCGCCGUUGAUAUCAGUGAGUUGGCCACAUUCGCGUCUGCCUUGGUUGGCGUUGACUGGUUCGUUGAGUAGAAUGCAACCUGCGACGACACGUCUCUCACUUCUCGCUAGUGCUCAACGAAACGAGAGUGAGUGAUAAUCAUGUUAUAACACGGGAACCUCGACCUCAUCAGUAGAAAUACGGUCCAUACUACCUGGACUACUACACGGACUGUACUACGCCUUUGUUGUUCCUCUCUCACUGUGCGGCCACAGACCACCGACAGCCACCGACGGUGACGGUAACCCCAUUUCUCCUGAAUCCUCUUACCGACAACAGCUACACUUACGCACUAUGUCUACGCCUGCGAAAAUGAUUGCGAUUCCACUUCCGGUCGUUCCGGCCGCUCGUUCGACAAUCGCCCUCCCGAGAACGCAGCCACUCGACCUUCCCCCUCCCUUCAAGCCCCAGGAGGUCUAUGCGACGAGACAGGCAUUAAUCUUUCAAUGUUAGUUCGCAAUAUCAUGCUCACAAUAUCUCAGGACCUGUUGGACGCGCGCUACAUCGAGCCGUUUGCCCUGCUCCCUCGCAUGUUCAUCCCCGUACCUUCUGUAAUCUACAGGCCGCCAACGAUGCACUACGGAUGGCC